CGGUCUUCCCCGACUCAUUCUUAACACAGGCAACCGACAGCCCCAUCGGCCAUCGCAGGCUUCAAAGCCCACAUUCGAGACUUGUCUCACGUCCAAAAACAAACUUCCUUGCAGCAGAAAUUUGUUUCGAGUUCCGCGCAGAAGUACCAUCGAGGCCACGUUCGAUGAACAGCAAAUGACGGUUCCUUAUUGAUAUUCGAUGCACGCAAUUUCUAAUCUGACUGAAGGCAGGAGUCCUUGCGCGCGUAAGAAAGAGGCUAUCGAGGGUGCUCAAGGUAAAAGCUGAGGAGAUCGCGACGCAGGAACGAGAGUGCAUCGCUCGGCAGACUCGCUGUUGCAGGCGGCCAUGCCAGACCAGGAGAACCUCUUCAAUCCGACCUCAUUCUUGCCUCCUCUCCGCCGUGUACCAGCAUUUGCUGCGUUGCAGCAAGGUCUGCGAUUGGUUACGAAGCUCUACGCAUCUGCUUCCCCGUCCGAAUCACUCAACCUUGAACACUUCGGCAAAGCAGCAUCCGGGCGCUCCUCGACCGAGCAGCUGCAAGAUGCCUUCGACGCUGCGCGCAGGGAUGAGAUCGAGAAGCGGUUUGCGCUAGAUUGGUGCUUAAGGAUCAUCGCUUCAGAUCUCACCUGGCUUUCCGAAGGAGAGGCGCAGACCGCUCAAGAUGUGGCUUCGUCCGUGAUCGCCGCAGAGGCAGCACUAGCUGAGGCCGGUCCACUGGAGCGUCUCUUUCGUUUCCCUCUGGACAGUCCAACCAUCGAGAUCAAUAUCCGAGAUGCACCGCUUCCAAUUUCGAAACGCGAUUCUACGGAGAGUGUUGCAGGAAGCCGUGACUCGGCGUCGGAGGAUGAGGAAGAACCAGAUGGUUACCACACGCCCCGCUCCAACCGCCACAUCAGCAGUCGAAAACAGAACGCCGCUACCGCUGUUGGGGUACAGACUUGGGGCAGCGCCUCAAUUCUGUGCGACUUGUUUGCGCGGCAUGCUGAUGAUGUAUUCGCCGGGUUGGAUCUACCUGCACCCUCGAUGCAAAAGCCGUUCCGCAUACUAGAGCUCGGAUCAGGCACAGGCCUCGUGGGUCUAUUCGCUGCGAGUCUUGCUCAGCGUGCCCGACUGCAACCUGUCGAGGUUUGCUUGACAGACUACCAUGAAAAGGUGCUCGAGAACCUGCAGCACAACAUCGGUCUCAAUUGCAAUGCUCAUCAAACGGCAUCCGUGGGGAGCGCCGUACUCGACUGGCGGGACGUCCACGAUGUGAUCCAGCAGCGACAGCGUCGCUCGCCUUCUCCCUCUUCACAAUCUUCCUGGUGGAGCAAUGCGCAGGCAGCAUUCUCAUUGAUCCUGGCAGCAGACGUUAUCUACUCUCCCGAGCACCCUGCGUGGCUGUUGUCAAACCUGCGCUUCUUCCUCUCGCACCAGCCGCACAGCCGUGCGCACAUCAUGUGUCCCAUACGCCUCAACGGUCGCUUUGGCGAGUGGAACCUCCUCCAGAUUGCCGAUCGCGUGUUCGGACAGGCACACGAGAGCAAUAUACAUACUGCAAAUCCAGAGCCAGGAGCCAGCGAGAGUGCAGAAAAGGAAGUUGUGCUUUUGCAAAGGACAGAGUUGCCGAAGAUCAAGGGCAUCGGCAGGGAGGACGAGAGUGGAUACGUGUACUGGGUCUUUGGGCGUCGUUAGCGCAUGAUAGAGCAUGGAGAUAUAAUACAGCAGAC